AACAAUUUAACGAAGCUAGUUCUCACAAAGGAAAUAAUCUAAAACAACCUUCACUAUCGCUCUUUCCUCUUCAAAUUUCAAACACAAUAAUCUCUUUCAUACAAAAACACAACAAUUCCAAAACCUUAACAACAACAUGAACAUGGAAAUGGAAAUCACAACAACAAAGGAAGAAGAAGUAAAAGAAGUGGAAAAGGAAAAGGUUGUUGUGAUUGAAAAGCAAGGAGAAGAAGGUGAAGCUCAUCAUCCUUAUGCAUUUCAUGUGUCUGGUCCAAGGAAUUUGGUUAACCUAAAUUGGAGAGAUCUUAUUAGUUCUAGCUGGAAGGAUCCAAACUACAAGAGAACUGUCAUUGCUUGUUUUAUACAGGCAGUGUACUUGCUUGAACUUGAUCGACAAGAGAAACGAACACCAGAAAAUGCUCUAGCUCCAAACUGGUGGAUUCCCUUCAAGUACAAGCUAACAAAAACACUGAUAGACGAAAGAGACGGUUCAAUUUUCGGUGCAAUACUCGAAUGGGACAGAUCUGCAGCAAUGUCCGAUUUAGUAGUGAUCAGACCAAGUGGUGCACCAAAAGCCGUUUUAGCACUAAGAGGAACAUUACUCAAAAGCCACACAAUGCGAAGAGACAUCCAAGAUGACCUUCGAUUCCUCGCCUGGGAAAGCCUAAAAGGUUCUGUAAGGUUCAAUGUAGCUUUAGAGACACUAAAAUCAGUGUCUGAUGCAUAUGGAAGUAGCAAUGUUUGUGUAGCAGGACAUUCAUUAGGAGCUGGUUUUGCACUUCAAGUUGGAAAAUCAUUAGCAAAAGAAGGUAUCUAUGUAGAAACACAUUUAUUCAACCCACCUUCUGUUUCAAUUGCUAUGAGUCUAAGAAACAUUGGAGAAAAAGCUGAGUUAGCUUGGAAGAGAAUCAAAUCAAUGCUUCCUUCAAGCAGUGAAGGAGUUAAUAAUAUCAACAAUGAUGGAAACAACAACAACAAGAAGAGUUGGAUGCCAUGGUUAACUAGCUUGAAGAAUCAUAAUUUUGGUGUUGGAAAAUGGGUUCCUCAUCUUUAUGUGAACAAUAGUGACUAUAUAUGUUGUUCGUACAAUGACGAACCUGAUAAAUCGAAUGAGAAAGAAGAUGGUGGUGAAAAUAACAAGGAGAAUGUUGGUCCAAAUAAUAAUGGUUGUCAUGUUGCUGCAAAGGUGUUUGUUGUGAAUAAGGAAAAGCAGAAGUUUCAUGAAGCUCAUGGAAUUGAACAAUGGUGGUCUAAUGAUUCACAGCUUCAGCAGACUAUUCAUACUAGUAAACUCAUAAGCAGGCAGCUUAAAUCUUUGUAUACAAGUGGUAGUAGUAAUUCUUCUCAAGUAUUGCAGGGAAAGGCAAGUAAAUAAUAAGGUCUUGCUCUCAUUGGUUUCAAAAUGAAUUCUUUAUAUACCUAUUUGCUUGUGUUAAUACCUUGUAAUUUUUUUUUUUUUGUUGGAAAAGUUGGACUAUUUGAUCUUAUAACAAUAUGUAAGUCAUUCUUCUGUAAUUGCAGCUCUAAUGUUUUUUGGACAGUUUCAAA